AUGUCCUCUGAAUCCUCACCGACGAACAUCAAACCCAAAAAGACAUUGAUCGUGAAAGAUAAUCGACCUGGUCUUUUUGACGAUAUGGUCUUUUACUUACACGAGUACAGAGGGAAUUACAGGGGCCAGGGUAGAGAUAUGUUCAUGGUGAAACAGGAGAUUUUGACCAACGGCGGACGAACAACACAUUCACCAACUGAUCCAAACCUAACCCACAUACUCGUCCCUCCAGAUCGGGAAUCUCGAAGUAGGGAUGCAGAUCAAUCGAGUAUACUCAACCUGAAGGAAAUCCAGAACCAAACUUACAACACAAAAACCAAGGAAGAGGUCGCAGUUUGGGACAUCCCAAAAUUGGUCUUGUUCUUCGGCCAACACUUGAACGAAGAUGGAGAGAUCAUCAAGGAUGCGGAAGUACCCGUAUUGAGAAUGGGGUGGAUAUUGAGAUGUGCGAAGAAGAGAAGGAUAUUGGUAGAUGGGGAUGGAGAUUGGGAUGGACAGUAUCUCAGAGCUCGUAUAUUUCCCGAUUUCCAGGCCAGACCCAGACCCGACGCACGACCGAUCCAGGCUAUCGAAAUGGGUGGUCAAGGAGUCUCCAAUGAACAUCUGGAUUUCGCUCGGCAAAUGAGCUCAGGAGGACCAAUGACAUACAACGCAAGGCCUAUCAUUCCUUCUGCUCCUAUACUGGCUUAUCAACCUAGGAGACACUUAAUCAAGGAUGAGAUACGCGAUCAAGCCUACCCACCCAAGGACUGGACUCGAACGAUCGCCAUGGGCGCCAAAGUCAAUCGAUGGAGUGCACUGACCAACAGACAAGAGAUCUCAAAACAACCUCAAUCUCCCGUACACGUUCUCCCCAAGGCCGACCAACUAUCCGUAUCGUUAUCUGCGGAGAGCGUGAUUCAUACUCAGGAAGUAUCGUCAAGGCAGAACUAUAUCGGAACAGCGGUAAUCCGCGAUCAUCAAUCGCCUGUUGUAAACUCUCUGAAGAAAUCAUCCAGUCAAACGCCUAGUCCUCAACACACUUCCGGACCCCAGUCAGAAAGCAGUGAAGGCAACAUUAACCAGACUUAUGUCCCCAUGACACCUAUCUCCUCUGUUGAAUCUGUAUCUAAUGAUCAGCCAGAUCAGACACACCAGCCAGAUAAGAAACGAGAGCGCCCUUUGGAUAAGCCGCAUCUAGCUUUAGAUCCCAGACAACACUUGAAACGAAGGAAGGUACAGGAUCUGGCAGUGACAGAGGUCACAGAGGACGAAAGACCACCGACUCCUCCUCUCCCUGAGGAGAUGCAGACGAUUCUUGCCCAUGCCCAUCAAACAAGGAGCAAACUUUCUUCUCUGCCCGAAAUAUCCCAGAACAUUCAAAUGGCUGCGGCAGUUCCUGUUGGGACCGGCGCGAAGCAAAUCAUGGAUAGCUCUCAGAGUGCAACUUCAAGACCAGCCUACAGAUUCAAAUCUAUCAUUCCCUCUUCAAGCUCGAGGAUAACGCAAGCGAUUUUCCCGCGCGAUACCAGUAAGAUAUUCUUUGCCAAUGGUCGAUCAAUGACCUUUUAUGUACAUCAAGGUGAUUCCGCAACAAAUCUUCUCAUUCAGCACGGAGGAGGUAGGAUUGUUCCGAUAGAAUACGCCUCGACUAUAAUCUUCGAUAGGAUGAGCUCGAAGGAGCUUUGUACAACCGAAGAGGAGGAUAUCCUAGAUGGAGUUGAACUAAGAGGAGAAUGGCAGGUGGUCGUAUCCUCUAAAUGGAUCGAAGACUGUUUGCGAAAGGGCAAGCAGAUCGAGGAUUCGAAUUAUAGGAUUACCAAAGUCCCCCAAACCGUGGCCAUUCCUGAAGAUCACAUGGAAAACGAAGGAAAACAGAUUGAUGAUACCAUGGAUGUGGACUAUAAUAGUGAUGACGAGGAGAGUGUGAUUUGUCUGAGUGAGAAUAAACCUGCCCUAGCGGAAAGAAAGAAACGUUCUUCAGUCUCAUCAAAAGGGGAGGAAAAGGUGACCGGAUCAAAGUCAUCAGCUCAAGGGAUAGAUCAAUUAGUGAAUAUACUAGUUGAGGAAAUGAGGUAUUGGAACCCGAAGAAUUGUCGAAGAACGAAAUUUUUGAAUGAAUUGACCAAAAAGCUUCCCGAACGUCAUUGGCGAAAAUUCUUUGACAGUCAUCGAUCUAAAAUAUUAUUGAGGUUCGACCAAUUGGGAUAUGUUUAUCCGGAUACAGAUACGAUCAAAGUGAAGAUACAAAAGGAGAAACAAGAGGAAGAAGAAGAAGAAAAAGAUGAUGAUGAUUUGGAUCAAUUGAUGAGCGAUUAUGAGGAGGAUAGUAAUUAUGAACCUUCCGUGAACUAA